AUGUCAUUGAACACCACUAUUCCGGCGGCUGCCCUGCCGUUGGGCAGGAAGUUCACGUCUGACUACUCCGGUUGUGCUUUCGCCGACGACAACUCGUUUGGACCCUCGGUUGCGACGAUUUGUCGUGCUUUCGAUUUCACUUUACUCUUCGAAGAAGCGUUCCUGUCCCUGAUCCCUUCGGCUUUGCUUGUGUUAGGUUCCAUCAUUCGUCUGAGCGCAAUAGUUCGCCGCGACGCGAAAACGUCACAGAGUCGAUGGCAUACUUCGAAGCUGGUCACCACCAGCUGCUAUACGUGCACGCAAUUGGCGUUGCUAGUGGUUGUGGCUCUACCGUCGACCCCCCGGACCAGCCUCUCGCUUGCGGCUGCGGCUAUUUCAUUCAUCGGGGCUGUAUGCAUGUGCCUGUUGUCGCACUUGGAGCACACAAAGUCGGUCCGUCCUUCGGCACUGCUGAACUUCUACCUCUUCUUCUCCGUGCUCUUUGAUGCGGUCCAACUUCGGACGCUAUGGAAGAUAUACAGCCUACAGAUAGUCGCCAAACUGUUCUCCUCAACGUUGUCUCUCAAAGUUGUCCUUCUUAUCCUUGAGGCCAAAGAGAAAGGUGCAUUUCUGAAGCCGCCCUACCAUGGUACAACACCAGAGGGCAGAAGUGGCCUUUACAACCGAAGUCUCUUCUGGUGGCUCAAUCCAUUUCUGAUCAUCGGCUUCAAGAGGUCUAUUGCUUCCAAAGAUCUGUACAGCUUGGACGAAGCAUUGUCUUCAAAGGCUCUUGCUGAAAAGGCUCGAGUCUCCUGGCAAAGAUCAGACAAAGGUGGACAACACGCAUUGUUCUGGAACACUAUAUCAUGUCUCAAAAUACCUCUGCUCGCCCCUAUCAUUCCCAGACUUGCCCUCGUCGGCUUCAACUACUCGCAGCCGUUCUUGAUUUCCAGAAUCAUCAGAUUCGUCGACGAUACCGAGAAAGAAAAGAAUACAGGCUAUGGGAUCAUCGGCGCAACUGCGAUCAUCUACAUAGGCAUCGCAAUCUCCAACGGGCGCUUCCAACACGCCAACUUCAGGUUCAUGACCAUGUUACGUGGUUCACUCUCGGUCUUGAUCUAUGAGAAGACCUUGGGUCUACAAUACACUGCCGUGGAAGACGCCAGUCCCAUCAGCCUCUCUGCCGACGUCGAUUACAUUGUCGGUGUCUCAGAGGAGAUGCACGAGAUCUGGGCAAGCACUAUCGAGGUGGUCAUUGCGAUGUAUUUGCUUGGCAAGGGUUCUGGAGUCGGAUGUCUCGCACCAAUUGUGCUCGCUCUUGGAAGCGCAGCCGGAAAUGCUCUCUGGGUGGGCCCAAAGAUGAGGAAAAACCGGCCGAAGUGGAACGCAGCCAUCCAGCAGCGCGUAGCCUUAACAGCGUCGUUCCUCAAAGACAUGAAAGCAUUGAAGAUGCUAGGCUUGACAAGCAGGAUGCGAGCCUUGCUCCAAGACCAACGCAGAUUCGAGCUGGACAAGUCGGUUGCUGUUCGAAUGUGCACGAUAUGGCUCAACAUAUUCGGCAACAUGAUGCCGAGUUUUGCGAAAGCUUUCAUUCUGAUGACUGUAGCAUUGCAAGCACGCGCUGGAGACAAUGAGUUUACCGCAGCCAAGGGUUAUAGCCUGGUUUCACUCAUCAAUCUGCUCGAUAGACCCCUGGGCUCUGUCACGUCCAGCAUACCAUCAUAUAUGGGAGCCAUCGGCUGUUUCGAGCGCAUCCAGAAGUUUCUAGCUGCAGAGACCAAGAGUGACAAUCGCGUCAUCAACCACAGAAGCACUCCACAACUAUCUCCGGCAUCAUCCGCGAUCGAACUGCAAGCCAUGUCGCCGAAGGCAGCACAAGGGAUCAGCGACAUCUUGACUUUUGACGAAUGCUCUUUUGGCUAUUCGUCGGAUACUCUGGCAAUCCGGAACCUCACAUUCGCGCUCAAGCAAGGCACCAUCAACAUGAUCAUAGGACCUGUCGGAUCCGGCAAGACCAGUCUUCUUCUUGGUUUACUUGGGGAGAUUCAGAAUCUGAAAGGCUUCGUCCGAAUGCGCACCUCAGAUGUUGCAUACUGCCAACAGUCAGCCUGGUUACCUAAUGGAACAAUCAGGAGCAUCAUUACAGGUACUGACGCGUACUCAGAGGCUUGGUACAAAUCCGUAGUCUUCUCGUGCGCACUAGAGAUGGAUAUUUCUCGCUUUGCUGAUCGUGAUGAUGCCGUAAUUGGAAGUCGAGGGCUGACUUUGAGCGGCGGACAGCGUCAAAGGCUUGCCCUUGCUCGUGCUGUAUACGCGAGAAAAGCAAUCGUCUUGCUUGAUGAUGUUUUCAGUGCUCUCGAUGCGAAAACCGAAGAGCUCGUCUCCGAACGGCUGUUGUCGAAGCAUGGUCUGUUCAAGAAACACGAUACGACAGUGAUACUUGCAACUCACGCUGUGCAGCAUUUGCACGCUGCGGAUUACAUUAUUGCGCUAGACAAAGACGGAGCUCCCGUAGAACAGGGCUCGUUCGACCAACUCACAACUAGACAAGGUUAUGUUCGAAAUCUCGCAAUCCAAGUUCGAACUCAGAUCGAGCACGAGGAUAUAACAACCAGGACAGAUGAUCCUGUCUCUGAACCAUUGGGGUCCGAUGUCCCAGAUGACUUGCCUAUUUCUGAUCGGAGAUUGGGCGACUUCUCGUUGUACAAAUACUACGCCCGAAACGCCGGAGUGACGAUUCUUGUAGCGUUUCUUAUAGAUCUCUGGGUUCAGUUCUGGGCAGACGCUCGCGGUAAGCGGACUGACAUGUACAUCUCCGUCAUGUUCGUGGGCGCGAUAUGUGGCUUGGCCCUUGUGUAUAUCUCUUUGUGGAUCAUAAUGGUUCAGAUGAUUCCCCGCAGUGGUCUAAGACUGCACUGGAUCUUGCUCUCCACUAUCGCCGCUGCUCCGCUGAGCUAUUUUGCAACGACUGACGCUGGUGUCAUCCUUAAUCGUUUCAGCCAAGACAUGACCAUUUUUGAUGGGCCUCUACCUAUAGCGCUCCUCCAAGUCACUGGUGAUGCGUCAGAGAUAGUAUGGGAUAUUGCUUUGAUAUGUUAUGGAUCGUAUUAUCUUGUCGCAUUUAUACCUUUCAUCGGAGCCCUACUGUACGGCAUCCAAAAGUUCUACCUGCGCACAAGUCGUCAAUUGCGCUUCCUAGAUCUUGAGAUGAGAUCGCCGCUCUUUACACACUUUUCUGAGACCCAAGAAGGCCUCGUCACCAUUCGAGCCUUUCAGUGGCAGUCUAGUUUCCAUUCGAGCUUCCUCGAGAAGAUGGAUGCAUCACAGGUACCGAAUUAUCUACUUUACAUGAUUCAGCAGUGGUUGGGUCUCUGUCUAGCACUCACGGUUGCUGGUGUGGCCAUUGUAUUGGUCACCUUCGCGACACAAUUCAAAGAUCAUUCAUCUGGUGGGCAGAUCGGUGUUGCACUAAUCUCCGUCAUGGGCUUUAGCUCAAGUCUCGCGGCCUUAAUCCAGCAUUGGACAGCCCUGGAGACUUCGAUUGGGGCUGUCGCACGUCUCAAGAAGCUCGAGCAUGAGGUCAAGCCUGAGGAUCUUCCUUCUGAACGCGACUUGCCGCCAACAACGUGGCCGGCGAAGGGCACCGUCGUUUUCAAGGCUGUCGACGCGGGCUAUGGAGACAACAAACCACUUGUCUUGCACAAAGUGUCUCUUUCCAUUCGCUCAAGUGAGAAGAUCGGCAUCUGUGGCAGGACCGGAUCCGGCAAGUCGACUUUGAUAGCUCUCAUUUUUCGGCUGCUACCUCUCAGCGCAGGUAGUGUAGCCAUUGACGACAUCGAUCUCUCAAUUAUUCCUCGACAGAAAACGAGAGAAUCAGUCAUCGCCAUUCCCCAGGAGCCAUAUAUUCUGUCAGGCACGGUGCGGUUCAACGCUGCACCCCACUCUGCCCCUUUCUCCGACCUAGACUCUGAGAUUUCGGAGAGACCGGUAUCCGACGAAGCUAUAAUCGCCGCACUGCAACGCGUAGAUCUUUGGGAUCUGAUAUCGCGUCGUGGCGGUCUCGAUGUGAGUAUAUCGGAUCUUGGGUUGAGUCACGGCCAGAAGCAGGUUUUCUGCCUUGCUCGUGCAAUCCUGAGGAAGGAUGAUGCGAAGUUGUUGAUUCUGGACGAAGCGACGUCGAGUGUGGACAAGCAUACCGAUGAGCUUAUGAGGAGAGUAAUCGAGGACGAGUUUAGCAAUCAUACUGUCAUCAGUGUGGCUCACAGGUUGAGCAGUCUGCUUAGCUGCAAUCGUGUCGUCGUCAUGGAUAACGGAAAGAUAGUAGAAGUUGGCGCUCCUAGCGCCCUGGCAGAGAUAGAUGGUUGGUGGAGGCUAUUGUGGGAUGCUCAGAAUUGA